GCAGCUCCAGAGCAAAGCUUCCUCCCAAGCAAAAAAUAUUCACGCUAACGAAUUUUCAAUCUCAGCAUGAAUAAGUUUGUGUUUUUGGCCUGUUUGGCAGUGCUUGGCUGCAACAGUUGGGCAUCGGCGCGUCCUGAUCUCAGCCGUCAAGCCUAUCGCUAUGAGGUUGGCCAGAAUGAGAACAUUGUCACUGGUGGCGUGGUGACAACGCCCCAGAUUACCACAAGCACCUCCUAUCAGCCGACGGCAUCGGGCACCACAUAUUUUAAUAGUGCUCCAACUGUCGGUCAAUUGAGCUACAACACGGGCAAUGCCGGCUUCAAUGGAGAGAGUGGAGUUACCUAUGCCACAACAGGUGGCAACACUGGCAGCUACUCAAAUGGUGGCAGCUACUCAAAUGGUGGCAGCUACUCAACUGGUGGCAGCUACUCAACUGGUGCCAGCGACAUCAUUGGACUGACUGGCAUCCAUCCAGGACCUGAAAUCAAUUACAAGGAACAGGAAGCCUACAUCAGUCAUCUGGCCAACUUCCAGCCCGCUCAGGUAACCAAGCACUUCUAUCUGCACACCGCACCCGAGGAUCAUGAUGAGCAACAAAUUGUGCGCUAUGUGAAUGUGGGCAGACCACAAAAGAACUAUCGUGUCGUGUUCAUCAAUGCUCCAGCCUCGACCACGAGCAAGGCCAAGAUUAUUGCCAAUGUGGCACCAGUUGAGGAGAAGACCGCCGUCUAUGUGCUGUCCAAGAAGUCGAAUGCUCUCGAUGUCAGCGCCGAGGUUGUCACACAGCGUCCAGUUAACAACAAGCCCGAGGUGUACUUCAUCAAGUACAAGACACCCGAGGAGGCGGCUCACGCCCAGCAGACCAUUCAGGCCAACUAUGAUGCUCUUGGUGGCAGCUCUCAGACCAGCGAUGAGGGCAUUGUUCCCGUCUCCUCGGUCAUCAAUAGCCUGGGCGACAAUGGCUCCUCUGGCGUUCUCUCUGAUGCCACCGGCGGCAUCAACAUUGUUGGCACUGGCGGUGUUCCAGUUGUUGAAACCAGCUCCAUUGGCUCCAAUGGCGGCAGCAAUCUCCAGAUCGAUGUCACCGGCAGCAGCAGCAAUACUCAAACUGCUCACAUCGGAGGAGGCAACAAUGUCAUCCAGACAACUUAUCUGCCCGCCAAGCCCAUCCGUUCGGUCAAGUACUAAGCCUGCAUCCUGUUGUAUCCUUUGUCCAUACACCAACAACACCACCACCACACGCAACCACCACAACCACACUCGACCAAUGCUUCUAAUUGAAUAAUCAAUCGAUGGCGAUUGUUUUUUCUGGAAUUUGUUUAUGUAACUUUUGCGAUACUUUUCUAAACUCAUUUUUUUUUCAACAAUUUUUUUUUUAAUAAAAAUUAAGCAUUUCUUAAGGCA